AUGGCGUCCGAAAAGACCGACCACGCCCACAUGGAGGUCGAGCAGAAGAGCCGCGACUAUGGGAAUCUGGAAAAAGAAGCCCCAAUGCUGCAUGUGGCCGAAUACCAGCAGGCCCAACACAUCGACCUCACCUGGCGCAGCUGGCUCGUCGUCCUCAUCAGCUGCUUUGCCAUCAUGGCCCAGGUCUUCGUCGUGGUGGCAGCAGGCAGCGUGAUCGCCUUCAUCAUCGCGGAUCUCGGAGAUCCUUCAAUCGCCGGCUGGAUCAUUCAGGGCCCGUUGCUCAUGCAAUCUGUGCUGUCACCGAUUGUGGGACGACUGUCGGAUGUGCUGGAUCGGAAGUACAUGGCAUCGAUACCUCCCUUGAUUGCUUUCAUGGGAGCAUGUAUCUGUGCCAAGGCGACGUCGAUGAAAAUGUUGAUUGGCGGUGGCAUACCCAUCGGUGUGACAUUGGCUACUAUCUCGAUUGUCCAGGCGAUUCCCGCUGAAGUUCUGCCGCUCAAAUACAGGGCACUGGCGAACGGCUUCGCUUUUCUUGGGGGAGCAGUCGGUGGUUUGGUCGGAAGUCUGGGAGCAGGAGGUCUUACGAACAGGAGUCCUUCUGGAUGGCGUGGGAUCUUCUGGAUGCAAGCAGCGUUCCAUCUCUUUACCGCUCUGGGAUUCCUACUGUUCUACUGGCCCAAAAAGAAUCCCGACAGGCCUAGGUUGACCUUCAAGCAAAUCUUGUGGGAGAUUGACCCCAUUGGCUCCGUCCUCUUCAUCAGCGCUGCAACGCUUCUCCUACUCGCGUUUGAUUGGGCUGGCGGAGCCUACGGGUGGAGUGAUCCUCACGUUGCUGCACCGCUCGGGAUUGGGUUUGGCUUAUUCGUGCUCUUCGGCCUGUACGAGUGGAAGGGCAGAUCAGACGGCAUCGUGGCCCACGUCUUCUUCAAAGGCUCUCCCAACUUUGCACUGUCGUGCUUCGCUUUCGGCGUCGAAGGAUGGAUUUUCUACUCAGCCGUCAACAGUAUUACACCCCAGAUCGUCCUCCACCUCGGCUUCGAAACCAGCAGCUGGAUCAUCUCCCUGCGCCAAUUAGUCUACAACGUCAUCACCAUCCUCGCCAGCAUCCCCAUCACCCUCUACGCCACAAAAUACAAAGACCUGAAAUGGCCUCUCCUCAUAACCUUCACCUUCUUCCUCAUCACAACGAUCUGCUACGCCAACAUCACCCCUUCCUGGAACAAAGCUCAAAUCGGCCUCAACGUCAUCUCCGCCAUCGGCCAAUCCGGCCCCCUCACCCUCCUCGUCGCCUUGAUCCAGUUCACCGCCCCGCACGCCUACCUCAGCACCGCCACUGGCUUAGGAUUCAGCGCAAGAGCGAUCGGUGGUGCCUUCGGGUCGGCGGUGCUGGAUGCGAUUAUCAACGGCAAGCUUUCGAGCACUUUGAACGACAAGAUCGCGGACGCGGCGGUGGGUGCGGGACUGCCGAAGUCGAGUGUAGGGCAGUUUUUGGAAGCGAUGGCGGCGGGUGAGGGGGUGGAGGAUGUGCCGGGGGCGACGAGGGGGGUGGUUGGGGCGGCGGCGGAGGCGAGCGAGUGGGCUUAUGCGAGGGCGUAUAAUUUGGCUUGGUGGUCGAUUGUGCCGUUUGUGGUGAUUGCGAUUGUGGCGGUGGCGUGUCUGAAGGGGGUGGCGGAGUUGAUGACGGAGAGGGUGGAAGGGAGCGUGGAGAAGGCUGCCCCGGCGGAGGAGGGGAAGGCGGUGGCUUGA